UUCUGUUCCUUGGUGGCCCUCGUGCUUUUGCUCCCUUCUUUUCUCCCGUCUCUUUUCAUCUUUUUCUAUCCUCCCAUUCACUCCCACACUCCCAAAAACUCUUUAGCUUUUGAUUGAAACACACACACACACACCCCCAUAAGAGCACUUCUUCAUUAACCCACCCUUCAUACAUUCCCUACUUGUCCACCUACCAUAUCAAACUAGAGGGUUUCAUGUAUAAUGCACAGCUUGAGUUUUCAGUUCUGAGCUUUUUCUCGCACUUUCCCUAGAAAAUGAGGGUCAUGGGUAACAAUGGAUUGGUGUUAAUUCUCACCCUAGUGGUUCUGUUCGCACCUUUCUCAUCCGCUUCAGCUGCUUCCCCAGCAAAAAUUGUUAAUGGGUUCCUCUCAAAUGCUUUCUCUGUUCUUCUGAAAUGGCUGUGGUCACUCAAAGCUACCACCAAAACAGCAAUUACUGGCCGUCCGAUGAUGAAAUUUGAGGGUGGAUACACCGUAGAGACAGUGUUUGAUGGAAGUAAGCUUGGGAUUGAACCCUUUUCUGUCGAAGUGUUGCCUAGUGGGGAUCUUCUGGUUCUGGACUCUGUUAACAGUAAUCUCUACAGAUUCUCUUCCUCUUUGUCUCAGUACAGCAGACCAAAGCUGGUUGCUGGAUCUGCCGAAGGAUACUCUGGACAUGUAGAUGGGAAACCUAGAGAGGCGAGAAUGAACCAUCCAAAGGGGCUCACAGUGGAUGACAAAGGAAACAUCUAUGUUGCAGACACCGUGAACAUGGCAAUCAGGAAGAUAUCUGAUGCAGGGGUUACAACAAUUGCAGGAGGCAAAUGGGGCCAUGGAAAGGGGCAUGUAGAUGGACCGAGUGGAGAUGCAAAAUUUUCAAAUGAUUUUGAUGUGGUUUAUAGCGGAAGCAGUUGUUCCCUCCUUGUCAUAGACAGAGGAAACCAGGCGAUCCGGGAGAUCCAACUCCAUUUUGAGGACUGUGCUUAUCAAUACGGAAGCGAUUUCCCUCUUGGAAUUGUAGUGCUUGUAGCAGCUGGCUUCUUUGGUUACAUGCUGGCAUUGCUGCAACGCAGGGUUGGUACCUUGGUGUCUUCUCAAAAUGACAAGAAAACAAUGAAAACAAGCAUGCCACCAAGUCCAUAUCAGGAGCCUCUGAAAUCUUUGGUUAGGCCUCCAUUAUUCCCCACUGAAGAAGAACCAGAAAAGCAAGAAGAAGGCUUCUUUGGAUCUAUUGGGAAGCUUCUUGUCAAUACUAGGGCAUCAGCGGCAGAAAUCUUUGGAUUUAGGAAGAAGCCAUUGAACUAUCAAUAUCAGCACGAACAGCAGUACCAGCAACAGCAGAAUACAAAUGAUUGGCCAAUGCAAGAGAGUUUUGUGAUACCACAUGAAGAUGAGCCUCCUUACAUCGAAGCAAGGACCCCUACCCCUCAGAAAACCUAUGCAUUCAUGUCAAAGGAUGCUGGAAAAAUGCAACACCUCUGGCAAAGCCGUACUCUCUAUAACGGAUGGGAUCAAGACUUUCAGCAGCAGCAAGUGCAGAAACAGCAGCAGCACCAUAGUGGAUGGGACGUUGACUUUCAGCAGCAGCAGCAUCACCAUCGACACUACUCAUCCGCCCCACAAACUUACUAUGAGCAAUGCUCCGAGAAAACCAAUGAGAUUGUGUUUGGGGCAGUUCAAGAGCAGGAAGGGCGACGUGAAACUGUGGUAAUCAAGCCCUUGGAUCAUGGUAAUCCUCCUUAUAGUCUUCGUCAGAACAUCCGCUCCCGGACCAAUUCUGGCUUGUAGUUAAGGACAUUGAUAAUCUACCUAAAAGUAAUUUUGUUCCAUCAACCUCAUUCCUUCUUGAUAUUUCCAUGAAAAUUUAGAUCAUGGUAGGUGUCAAAAUAUUAUUUUGGAGUAAGGAGUGUUUGUGGGAAGCAGCUUUGGUACCAAGUAUUGUUUAGUCACUUGCUGGCCUAUGCUUCAAGAAAAGUUGCAGUAAUGUGUAUUCUUGGCUAUCAAACUUGAGAAACAGACAAGAUCUUGCUGGUAUUAUUGUACUUGAAACAGUAGUCAAUGUACCUAGCAUGUGUUCUUUUUUUAUUAUUAAUUAUUACUUAUUACUUUUA